AAUAAAUGUUUCCGUGCAGAAUUGUAUCAUGGUGACAUUUUUCUGAAGAUAGGAGAUUUAAUUGAACUCAUGACAACAAACAUAGACACUUUCUUGUUACAAGCUGUUGUCUUUGCCCUUCUGAAUUUGACAUUGUUUCUUCAGAAUCAUAAUAGACUUAAGUUCGAGGAAGGCAGAACCAAGUGACACCUUUUGAGUUUCUAAAAACCCUGUGCAUCUGAAGUGAUAUUCUCAAGGAAGAGGUUUGAGUUUCCAAGUCCCUUCGAUGCAAGGAAUCAAGUGUAGCACUAUCACAAGAGCAGAGCAGCACAGAGAAAACAGCUAAUGAAGUGUCUGACGAGCAGAUUCCAAGAGAAGUAUAUAUGGCUGAGAGCAGUAGAAAAUCCUAGCUCUGUCUCUACUGAAAGUUCAACACUUCAACUGUGAUAUCAGGAAUGAACCAGAAAAAGAGAUGAAUAUACACCAGUGAAUGUCUCUAAUCGUGAAAGACAGGCAAUUUAAAUACAUUAGAAAGAACAAAGUUAGGAUGCAAUAAAAUAGGUGACUCAAA